AUGAAUAUUUCGUGGAAGAAUACCUGUGAAGCGUUAACAAACUUUGCAAAUGUGCUAACAUGUUAUAAAUGUGAAAGAAAGCCAAUAAAUGCAAUAAGAUAUAUGAAUUGUGGUCAUCUCUUUUGUAAGCAGUGCAUUGAGAAUGAUUCAAGAUGUAUAAUAUGUAACAUACCUGUACAACCACUUGAAAGAUGUAAUGAUCAUAUAAGUAAAAGUCUUAUUUCUUGUUGCAAUAUCCUUGUAGAAAUAUUACAGGAAAAAGAUUUAUGGACUAUUAACACAAAUUCAAAUACAACACAGUUGUUACCAACAACAAAAAGGAAAGGGAAUGUUAAUAAUACAAGAUACAUACCUAAAAAGAAUAUAAAUAAACAAAAUGCUAAAGGAGAAACACAAUUGCAUAUGGCAUGUUUGAAGAAUCAAGAUGUUUAUGUAAAAGCUCUGUUAGCUGCUGGAGCAAAUCCAAAUACAAAAGAUUAUCAUGGUUGGACUCCUUUGCAAGAAGUUGUGAGCUAUGGAUACACUAAUAUAUGUCAGAUAUUAUUAGAAUGUGGUGCAUCACCAAAUACACCAGGAGUAGAAAUUAGAACACCAUUACAUGAUGCUGCUAUAAACAAUAGAUUAUUGGAGGCAAAGAUGCUGUUAAAAUACUCAGCUAAUAAAAAUGUAUAUGAUAAUCAUGGAAAAAGGCCCAUAGACUAUUGCAAGCCAUACACUGAGAUGUGGAAUAUUUUAAAAGAUGAAAAUGAAUUGAAUGACAUAACUGAUGGAGUGAAUCUGAAUUGUACUUUAAAUCAAUCAUUAUUUGUGACACAACCAUUUGAUACAUUUGUUAUAUAUGCAUUAAAUUUACGAAAAGAGAAUAAAAGAUACUUAGAUCAGAUAGUUUUGAAGUAUAAAAUUAAAAUUAUGUCUGUGUUCCGAUCAAGUGUGACUCAUGUUAUAGUAGAAGCAAAUAGUAAAAAUGUUAUAGAAUUAUCAUAUGAUGUAAUGAUGGCGCUUCUACGUGGAUGUUGGUUACUUAAUACCGAAUGGAUUCAAUUAAGUAUGGAUGUGGGUGAUAUAUUGAAAGGGGAUUUAGAAAUAUUUGAAAUUGAUGGUGCACCAAUUAAAGGUAUUCCAAAGAAAGCCAGAGAAAAUGCACAAAAUCAGAAUCCUGGUCUUUUUAAUCAAUGCCAUUUCUAUUUUACUUUGCAAUCUAAGAAUAUUUAUUAUAUAAACAAUGUUCAAUUAACAAGAGAUGCGUUAAUGACACUUGUGCAAGAAGGUGAGGGAAAAAUUUUGAAAAGGGAACCGAAACCAGAAGAUAUAAACAACAAAGAACAAUUUAUCCCUUUUCAUGUUGCCAAUAAUCCCUCUCAUACUUUAUAUAAAUGUACACAUUAUAUUAUAUAUGUACCGGGAAGAGAGGAGCCACGUAUAAAAUAUAAUAUGCCUCAUAUAAAGACUUUACCACUUAUGUGGUUAAUAGAAUGUAUAGAAAAAUUUACAUUAGUUGAUCCAUCAGAAUUAGGCUUACUUAAAUUUUAA